CCAUCCGGAGUAGCUGCUCCUCCCGUCCCCUCCCCAGCGGGGUCUGUGCGGGGAGAGCCCUUUCCUACCGCCCCUCUGUGUCCAGCCGGAGGGGUGACCCAUCUUUGCUCCCGGGCGGGGAUCUGCGAAGCUCAGCGCUGCUGCCCCCCUGAGCGCCUGCAGGAGUCGAGCCAGCUCCGGGAGAGCGAACGCCCCGGGCCGGGGCCAGGGACCGAGUCUCCCAGCCCGAAAGGAGAGGGGGCAGGAGGGAGAGACUGGAUGGGGCAGUAGGAGCAAUAAGGGGGUGUAUACAGAUCUCUGAUCAGAUCCUUAGGCGGGGGGGGGUGGGGGUUGAACCUGUUUGGCCCACAUCCCAGCUGAGUGCUAACUACUGGGCUCUGAGUCAUACAGUGGGCACUUUCUCCUCUGGGUUUGGAACGGCCCCUGGCUGAGGCAUGCUCUGAGCACACCUAGCAGAUCAGGCUUUGCAGGGAAGUAAGGCAUUCACCUGCCUGGCUUAGCCUGGUUCAGGGAUCGUGCUGGGGCUCAGAAAGGAGAUAGUGUCUGGAUGCCUAGAGGGAGGCAGCGGUGUGCAUGACCAGAAAAGGAACUUAGGCAGCUAGGGAACUUUUACAGCAGUAAUUUAGACGUGCAGUGAGAGUGGGGUUGUAUAAAGGUGGCACCUGAAACUGGGACAUAGGCAUCUAAAUCUGAGCCAGUUAGCUUAUCUGAAUGAUUACACAGGCCCAGGAGGAGGCUGUGAACUUGUGAGUUUAGGAGAGAGUGCCUGGCUGGAUUAGCACCCGGGCUCACAGAAGAUGGAUGGACAGGAAGGGUUAAAGAUUUGUACUUUCGAGUUAAUGAAAUAAGCCCCACAAAGGAGGAAUGUUGGUCUGAGCAUUCUGGUCUGGGAGUAAUCAUUGCAAGACGGCAAGAGAGCAAGAAAGAGCUGCAGGUCUGCAGGACCGAGCAUGCCACCAGGGGGUGGCUCCUGGGUGGCACACCAUCACUCCAGUCAAGCAUGAGAAAGCCAGGAAAGGUCACAGGAUUACUCAUUGACAACUCCAAUCUGAGCUCUCAGAUGGAACAAGAGAAAGAGCUGUGGGUCCCAGAUCUCCAGGGCUGUGAGGAAUGGGAGAUUUCAGCAGGUUAUAGGACAGUGAGGGAGAACAAGGAGGAGACCCCUCAGCAGGAAGGUCCCGAGCAAGUGGAACCACCUGGGAUGUUAUUGGGAAGAGCUGAAAGGGAUGUUUCCCAGAGUCAUGAGCAGGGAGAAGCCUGUGAGAGUCAGCGCAGGCUGGAGAAACAUCAGAAAAACCAGCCAGGGAAGGGAGAGAGAAAACCCACUUGCUGUGGGGAAGGACUCAAGAAACCAAAAGACAUCUCAGCCUGUCAGAGAGAAGGGAAAGGAGGUGAAAAUAGAGGUACACACACUGUGUCUGGGAAGAGCUGUAGACAGAGCUCAGAACUUAGUGUUCAGCAGACAAUCCACUCUGGAGAGAGGCCCAAUAAAUGCCCCGACUGUGAGAAAAGCUUUAGCCAGAAAUCAGCCCUUGUUAGACACCAACGGCUGCACACGGGAGAGAAACCCUACAAAUGCAGUGACUGUGGGAAGAGCUUCAGCGUGAGCUCACACCUGAUCACCCACCAGAGACUGCACACGGGAGAGAGACCCUACAAAUGCCUGGACUGUGGGAAAAGCUUCAGUGAGAGCUCAAACUUUAUUCACCAUCAGAGAAUCCACACAGGAGAGAGACCCUAUAAAUGCCCCAACUGCGGGAAACGCUUCAGUAACAACUCAGACCUCACGAGGCACCACCGGACCCACACGGGAGAGAGGCCUUAUGAGUGCCCGGACUGCAGGAAGAGCUUCAGCAUGAGGUUCCAUUUAGCUAGACACAAGCACGUGCACGCAAAGGAGGAGAUGGAAAGCUCCCCCCUUCUCACACAUCAGAGACUUCCGUCGGACGAGAAGCUCUGCAAAUGCCCUGACUGCGGGAGAAGGUUCAGGGACAGCAGAGGCCUCAUGACACAUCAGAGAAUCCACAUGGGGCAGAACUGCUAUCAGUGCUCUGACUGCGGGAAAAGCUUCGGGGUGAGCUCAGCUCUUUCUGAGCACCGGAGAAUCCACGCGAACGAGAAACCCAGCACCUGCCCGGAUUGUGGGAAAUGCUUUCUUCAGAGCUCAGAGCUGCUCCUCCACCAGAUUAGCCAUGCAGGGGGGAAGCCCUACACAUGUGAGGAGUGUGGUAAACGCUUCGCUCACAGAUCAAAUCUCCGGGCGCACCUCAAACACCACACAGCUGAGAAGCCCCAUAAAUGCACCCAGUGUGGGAAGAGCUUUGUCAAGCACUCCAUCCUGGCCAGGCACCAGAUCACCCACAUGGACCUGAAACCGUUUAAAUGCUCCGCGUGCAGCAAAAGCUUCACUCAGCUCUCCAGCCUCACGAGGCAUGAGAGGGUCCAUGAGGCAGAGAUGCUUUCUGAGCCCCCCGACUGGAUGGCAGAAAUGAACCAUACAUUCAUCGAUUCCAGCGGGCGGGCAUGGAAUUGGGCUCAAGAGUACCCAGCUGCCCGGCUGUGGGGCGAAGAGGUAGCCAUAAGCAACCCCAAACUGAUCAGUGACCCUCGGCCUACACCUGGUCUGGCAAACCCCAGACAGGUCAGGGGAGACCUCAGCCAGCCCCUUUUAAGUGCUGUUGAACUGGCUGCUGAGCUACCAAGCUCUUCUGCCUCCUGCCAAGACAGUGCAUCCAUCUCUCUGGACUGAAAGAUCCCCCGUCCCCUUAACCGCUUCCCCGGGCCACCAGCCUCAAGAGCCACACUAGAGGAGGGCAUUGCGGCUGGGAUUUCCCGAGACACCCAGGGGGCAGGAUUGGGGGUGGUGGGAAGCAGAGAGGGCCAGCUGGCUGCUAGGGGUAUUAAGUGUCUGGGGACUGGGGGUUAAGGAAUCAUAGAAUAUCAGGGUUAGAAGGGACCUCAGGAAGUCAUCUAGUCCAACCCCCUGCUCAAAGCAGAGGGAGGAUGGGCAGGGUUAGGAUGCUGCAUUCCCCUCAGUUGGAGUCUCAGCAUCUCUGAAAGCCAAUCCUGAUACUUCUAAUGACCACCAUUAGUCACUUACGCCAUCACUUCCUGGUAAAAACUGCUGCUUUUUCCCACCCUUUGGGUGUCUUCCCCACCCUUCUUUCCAGGUGUCCCUCCCCUGCCUCUGUAUUUCUCCUUCUGUCUUCCCUCAGCAUGUCCUCUGCUGCAGCAGUUCAUGCUGCCAUUACUCCCUUUCCCCCCAUCCCCUCAGCUACAAGGACAAGCAAUGACACAGUCGGGCUGGCAUGUACAGUGCCAUAGGGAUUUAGCGUAAACCCCACCGCAAGAGGAAAGGAGGCGGGGCUUUCUGCAGACACCUCUGAACCAGACUUACCUGGUGUUUGGAAGGUUCCCUUCCCUAACAAAUGAAAGCUUAGAUUCUGCAGGAUCUGGACAUGCCAGAGGAAGAACACAAACACUUCCGGCAGCUGGAUGUUUGAUACUGCUCUCUUACAUACAACGAUUAUGGUCGGUAUGGAAAUGCUUAAGCCGACAGAUAGAGGGAUGUGUAUGGAGAAAAUAGAUAAAUAGAAAAAAGACUCUCCCAGGGACCAAUAAAAGAUCGUUCCCUCUUGAAUAUUUUCUAGAGCUUGUUGGAAGGAUUGGACUCCAAGUAUAAUUUUACAACGUUAAAGAAGACCCAAGUAUCUUGCAGUGUAUGGGGGGGGAAAUGGUUGGAAAGUUACUUGAGUUAAUCCAGUAGCAGGAACCUUUUUGUAGUUGAUGGGUAUCUUUCUGUUUUAUACUUUUUUAUUUUAAACUACAGGCAUAUGUGGUUUGAGAAAGCUCCCAAGGGAAACUUUAUAAAUCAAAAUAAAAUAAUUGUAUGAUGGCUGAAAUGCUGGCACAGCUCCUUAGGGACUUAUCAAGGAAAGGUGUGUGUAUACAUGUGUACAUGUACACAAAAGAUAUACCUAUUUGAGAUGGGAAAGUAACUGAAAGUACAGUAAAAGCUUUGUUAUCUGGCAUGUUGGGGGAAUAGGAGGUGCCAGUUAAUCAAAUAUUCCAGUUAACUAAGAGUUAUACUUACAAUGGAAUACCAAUUUUCAAAGAAUUAGAAUACAAUAAAAUGAAUAAAGUAUAAAAUAGUAGACAGGUACUCACCAAUCCAGUAGUAGUACUGCACUGCAGAGUGGUUGGUUUCUUGAAGCACUUAGGUGUAUACAGGUAAAGUUUUCUAUACAGUAGGUUAUCUUAUGACACCACAUAUCACUAAGGGCAGCGGAUGGCAUACACCCAGAACACAAAAAAUCCACUUAACACUAAAACUAUACUGAAUAUAAUUUCAUCUUUCUUUGAUGAUUCAGAAGGCACUUCAGGAUCUAGCAGUGCCUCAGGAUCACCAUUAUCAACAUAAAUUAUCAUUGUAGAUGUAGAAGGUGUAGGAAAUGGGGCUAAAUCUGUAAUGACCCUAUGACACACCCUAGAAGCUGCUUUUUUGAAUAAAUCUCUGAUAUCACCUUGCUGACUUGUCUUCUGCCUCUUUUGCAUAAAAGUAGAGUGUAGAAUGUGCAAUUGCAUAACCUCCUGGGCAAUAUACUAGUCCCAGUUACUAGAUUGAAGAUUUGUAUUGGGAGAGAUCAGAAAUGCCUGUUAAUAGAGCUUUCCUGUUGGUAAAGUGCCAGAUAACACAGUUUUUUACUGUAAUUGAUAAUGAAAUAAUAAAAAUAAAUAUACAAAAAGCAUUAAUACUAAUAAACCAAUGUCACAGGAAUAUUAACAGGGGAAUAACAUUAUACAGUAACUCCUCGCUUAAUGUUGUAGUUAUGUUCCUGAAAAAUGCUACUUUAAGCAAAACGAUGUUAAGCGAAUCCAAUUUCCCCAUAACAAUUAAUGUAAAUGGGGGGUUAGGUUCCAGGGAAAUGUUUUUCACCAGACAAGACUAUAUUUUAAUAUAUAUAUACACACAUAGACACCGUAUAAGUUUUAAACAAACAAUUUAAUACUGUACACAGCAAUGAUGAUUGUGAAGCUUGGUUGAAGUGGUGAAGCCAGAGGGUGGGAUAUUUCCCAAGGAAUGCCUUACUGCUAAAUGAUGAACUAGCACUUGGCUGAGCCCUCAAUGGUUAACAUAUUGUUGUUAAUGUAACCUCACACUCUACAAGGCAGCACGAAUGGAGGGAGGGGAGACAGCAUGGCAGAGAGAGACAGAGACACACCCUGUGUGAGAGAGAGAGAUGCACGUUGCCCCUUUGUAGGCUGACGCCCCUGUAAGUACAUUGCCUUUUUAAGUAGAUUAGCAAGUUGAGACAGAAACUGCUGACAGCAAGCUCCCUCAGUCCUGAGCCCUGUAGUGUCAUCGUCACCCCCCUCCUCCCUCCCAUGGAGAUAAGGUACAGGAGAUGGGGGUACAGGAUUGGGGGGGAAGGUUACUUAUUGUACAGGGUUAAAAAAAGAACUAGAUAAAUUCAUGGAGGAUAGUUCCAUCAAUGGCUAUUAGCCAGGAUGGUCAAGGAUAGUGUCCCUAGCCUCUCUUUGUCAGAAGCUGGGAAUGAGCAGAUGGAUCACUUGAUGAUUAUCUGUUCUGUUCAUUCUCUCUGGGGCACCUGGCAUUGGCCACUGCCAGAAGACAGGAUACUGGGAUAGAUGGACCUUUGGUCUGAGCCAGUAUGGCUGUUCGUAUGUUCUUGCUUCUCUUGGCCAAAUUACACCAGCUCCCAUGCACACCUGUAACGUCACAGGCAUUCACACUCCAGCUCCCAUGCCUUCCUCCAGCUCAGUCAUAGAGCUCACAGCUGUGAUGUCACAGGCUUGCAUUUCACCAGGAAUCAGAUGAUGGCUAAAUGAGUGGGGGUAGCAUUCUGUGUUCUGUGUCCUGAAACAAACCAGAUUAUCACCAGGAAGACAAAGGCAAAUUAACCCAAGGAGUCAAAUACCUGGAGGAGGGGGAUUUCUUGGGUCUGUUUGUAAGGCCACCCCCAUGAGGGGGUUGUCAACAGCAGGGAGCAAAGCUAGGAACUCUUGCUGUAAAAACAUGGUCCCCCAGUGUCAGAGCUAAAAGACCAGUUGUGCUAGCCACAGCUGUAGCAGGCUCAUUGAUGUCUAUGUGUGGCCUUUCCACAAGUGGAGGGGGACAGAGCACCGCACGGGGUGGAUGAUGUGUUCUCACUGCACAUUCCUCUCCGUGUCCUGCUGAUGCCCCCCUGAAAGCAAACAGAAAGAAAACUGGGGGAAUCACUCCCUGGAGAUUUGGCCCCGGAUUUUAAAAGCCAUUUAGGCAUUGCUGCACUCAAUGUGCAACACCUAACUGAUUUAGGAGCCCAUGUCUUAUUUUCAAAGGGAUGUGGGCACUUAAGUCUAAAUCCUAUCAAUUGCUCAUGGGGAUUUAGGCUCCUAAACGCCUAAAUCCCUUUUGAAAAUCUGAUUUAGGUUCCUAAGUCAGUUAGGUGUUGUAACACUGAGCACAGCAAUGACUAAAUAGUUUUAAAACUCUGGCCUGGCCUGGGCUGUGCCAGCCAGACUCAGUCUGAAGUACCUCCAGCUGAGGUUCACUAACCAGGGUCCUGCCCAGGAUCCUUCUGCCUGCGCUGGGCCAACUGAGGCCAAGUCCCAGGGUCUCCUGGCUGGCGUCUGAUCCUGGAUCCCCUGGGAAGGCUCUUCCUAGGUGUGAUUCCUGUUACUCCCACCCCUGCCUUCUCGAGUCAGGCAGCCGCAGACACAGGAACAGGUGCUGGGUGGAUGCUAAGUCAGCAGGCACUCUGCUUGGAUGUGUUCAGGCUUCCCUGUAGCAGCAGCAGCUCAUCCUAUCCCAUUGGGUCAGCAAUAUGGGAAUGUGACCCUCUCACAGGCUUCUGGGCAAGGCUGCUGGAACAAUUUGUAUAGUGGAGGUGCUGAGAAUCAUUGAACCAAACUGUAAACCCUGUGUAUGAUGGAAACCACUUCAAGCCAGGGGGUGCUGCAGCACCCCUAGCUCCAGUACCUAUGCUUCUGGGGCAGUGGUUAGCAUCUUCCAGAGGGCAGAGCUCCCUGAAUGCUGAAGGGAUUUGACCCCCAAGGAAGCAUAAUCCAGGCCCCCUGUUGGUCACCCAGUGCCGCUCAUCUCCAAACACUGAAGCUGAUGCCUCCUAUGACCAUGUGACAGGUUGGUGUAGCCAGCCACCUGUGCUCUGGCCAAGCUGCCAGCUGUGCCAAAGCUGGCUUUCACCUUUCACCUACCCCUCUUCCAGGGAGGACAACAGCAGCUUGAAUUAGCUCCCUGGCUGCCCAGGGGCACCAAUGUAGGGGUGAUAGUGUGGGAUAGGAACGAGAUGGCAGGAGCACGAUACAGAACCAUACGGACCCCAUAACAACAGUUCAGACAGAGGCUGGAGGCAUCACCAGUCUCAAUGCCAUUUUGACCAAAGGACGGAUAACACCGGUCUACAAUUUUUGAGAAGUCAUCUGCUUCAGAGAUAAAAUGUGCUAUUUAUUAUGUAUUUUGAUGUGCUGAAUUCAAAUAUGACAAUUAAAACAACUGAUUGGCUACUGUU